GUUUGAGCAGCUCAAUAAAUUGGUGAAAGUGCUAUGUAUUUUGGACAAAAAAUGAAGCCGAUCGCUAUCUCUACACUUUUGAUUAUCCUGGCAGUAGCUUUGUUGGCUGAAGCCGUUCCUUCGGGUAGAAAGGAACCACCAAACAAGCAUACAACCAACAUCAUUUUUGAAGGAAAAUUAAUGUAUGCAUAUUUUCGUUCAAAUGUAACUAUUCGCCCAAUUAGAUUAUUAAUAGACACUGGAGCUGGGAUGACAAUGAUUACAUCCGAUGUGAUUAAGCCAAAUGAAAUAAAUUUGAAAGAUGGCAUGAAAUAUUGGGGAUUGAUUCCAGAUGCAAAGAAAAACACACUUGGAACUACCUAUGGUGAUCUAUCAUUUUCAGGCAACGCAACAAUAUCCGCAAAAAUUCAGAUAAUUGAUCGAAAAGAUUCAUUUUUUGGUGAUGGCAUUUUGGGUUUCGACACCAUGCAAAAACAUUUUGUUGAAAUUGAUUUUCUCUCACGACAAUUAAUCUAUUGGUCAAACAAGAAAUUUAACUUAAUUGAUUUUUUAUUUAAAUAAAGAAUUUUCUUAGAAAAAAACCGAAAUAAAACCAAUUUUUCUUCCAAAUGGACCAACAUUUA